AUGGCCUCACAAGUCUUGGUCUACCCACCAUAUGUUUAUCAAACUCAGUCAAGUGCCUUUUGUAGUGUGAAGAAACUCAAAGUAGAGCCAAGCAGUUGUGUAUUCCAGGAAAGAAACUAUCCACGGACCUAUGUGAAUGGUAGAAACUUUGGAAAUUCUCAUCCUCCCACGAAGGGUAGUGCUUUUCAGACAAAGAUACCUUUUAACAGACCUCGAGGACACAGCUUUUCAUUGAAGACUAGUGCUGUUGUUUUAAAAAAUAUUGCAGGUGCUACAAAGGUCUUAGCUCAGGCCCAGCAAGCUCACGUGGAGGCACCUCAGAUUGGGGCUUGGCGUAACAGGUUAAAUUUACUAGAAGGCUCCCAGCGAUGUGGAUUGAAGCGCAAGAGUGAGGAGUUGGAUAAUCAUAGUAGCGCAAUGCAGAUUGUCGAUGAAUUGUCCAUACUUCCUGCAAUGUUGCAAACGAACAUGGGAAAUCCAGUGACAGUUGUGACAACUACCACAGGAUCAAAACAGAAUUGUACCACUGGAGAAGGCGACUAUCAGUUAGUACAGCAUGAAGUCUUAUGCUCCAUGAAAAAUACUUAUGAAGUCCUUGAUUUUCUUGGUCGAGGCACUUUUGGCCAGGUAGUUAAAUGCUGGAAAAGAGGGACAAAUGAAAUUGUGGCAAUCAAAAUUUUGAAGAAUCAUCCUUCUUAUGCACGCCAAGGUCAAAUAGAAGUGAGCAUAUUAGCAAGGCUCAGUACUGAAAAUGCUGAUGAGUAUAACUUUGUGCGAGCUUAUGAAUGCUUUCAGCACCGUAACCAUACUUGUUUAGUCUUUGAGAUGCUGGAACAAAAUUUGUAUGAUUUUCUGAAACAAAAUAAAUUCAGUCCCCUGCCACUAAAAGUAAUUCGACCCAUCCUUCAACAAGUGGCCACUGCACUGAAAAAACUGAAAAGUCUUGGUUUAAUUCAUGCUGACCUCAAACCAGAGAAUAUUAUGUUGGUGGAUCCUGUUCGGCAGCCAUACAGGGUUAAAGUAAUAGACUUUGGAUCUGCCAGCCAUGUAUCAAAGACGGUCUGUUCAACAUAUCUACAAUCUCGGUACUACAGAGCUCCAGAGAUUAUUUUGGGGUUGCCAUUUUGUGAAGCCAUAGACAUGUGGUCAUUGGGAUGUGUGAUUGCAGAGCUAUUCCUUGGAUGGCCGCUCUACCCAGGAGCCUUGGAGUAUGAUCAGAUUCGAUAUAUUUCUCAGACUCAAGGUUUACCAGGAGAGCAGUUGUUAAAUGUGGGUACAAAAUCCACAAGAUUUUUUUGCAGAGAAACAGAUAUUUCUCAUUCUGGUUGGAGAUUAAAGACUCUAGAAGAACAUGAGGCGGAGACAGGCAUGAAGUCUAAAGAAGCCAGAAAGUACAUAUUCAGCAGCCUGGAUGAUAUAGUGCAUGUGAACACGGUGAUGGAUUUGGAAGGAAGUGAUCUUUUGGCUGAGAAAGCGGAUAGAAGAGAAUUUGUUAGUCUUUUGAAGAAAAUGUUGCUGAUUGAUGCAGAUUUAAGAAUUACUCCAGCUGAAACUCUGAACCAUCCUUUUGUUAAUAUGAAACAUCUUCUAGAUUUCCCUCAUAGCAACCAUGUAAAAUCCUGUUUUCAUAUUAUGGAUAUUUGUAAGUCCCAUCCAAAUUCAUGUGACACAAAUAAUCAUAAUAAAAUUACAUCACUUUUAAGACCAGUUGCUUCAGGCAGUGCUGCUAAUCUGACAGCAAAUUUUACUAAAAUUGGCACACUAAGAAGUCAGGCGUUAACCACAUCCUCUCACUCCGUUGUGCACCAUGGGAUACCUCUGCAGGCGGGGACUGCGCAGUUUGGUUGUGGUGAUGCUUUUCAACAGACACUGAUUAUCUGUCCCCCAGCUCUUCAAGGUAUUCCUGCAACACAUGGUAAACCCACUAGUUAUUCGAUAAGGGUAGAUAACACAGUUCCACUUGUAACUCAGGCCCCCGCUGUACAGCCACUGCAGAUCCGACCAGGAGUUCUUUCUCAGACAUGGUCUGGCAGAGCACAGCAGAUGCUCGUACCUGCCUGGCAGCAGAUAGCACCCUUGGCUCCGGCAGCUGCUACACUCACUUCAGAGGGCGUGGCUGCUUCACAGAGGCUUGGAGAUUGGGGGAAAAUGAUUUCCCACAGCAGCCAUUAUAACUCAGUGAUGCCGCAGCCGCUGCUAACCAAUCAGAUAACUCUGUCUGCCCCUCAGCCAAUCAGUGUGGGCAUUGCACAUGUUGUCUGGCCUCAGCCUGCCACUACAAAGAAAACUAAGCUGUGCCAGAACAGAGGUAUUUUGGUAAAACUAAUGGAAUGGGAGCCAGGAAGAGAGGAAAUAAAUGCUUUCAGUUGGAGUAAUUCAUUGCAGAAUACCAAUAUCCCCCAUUCAGCAUUUAUUUCUCCAAAGAUAAUAAAUGGGAAAGAUAUCGAGGAAGUAACUUGUAUAGAAACACAGGACAAUCAUGACUCAGAAGGAGAGGCGAGAAAUUGUUGUGAAACAUCUGUCAGACAGGACUCUGAUUCAUCGGGUGCCGACAAACAGCGGCAAACCAUCAUCAUCGCUGAUUCGCCGAGUCCUGCCGUGAGUGUGAUCACCAUUAGCAGUGACACUGAUGAGGAAGAGACAUCCCAGAGACAUUCACUUAGAGAAUGUAAAGGGAAUCUAGACUGUGAAGCUUGCCAGAGCACCUUGAAUAUUGAUCGGAUGUGUUCAUUAAGUAGUCCUGAUAGUACUCUGAGCACCAGCUCCUCAGGGCAGUUUAGCCCAUCCCCUUGCAAGAGACCCAACAGUAUGUCGGAUGAAGAGCAAGAAAGUGGUUGUGAUACUGUGGAUGGCUCUCCCACGUCGGAGUCUUCAGGGCAUGACAGUCCAUUUGCAGAGAGCAGUUUUGUGGAGAACACUCAUCAGAACACAGACCCGGUAACCUCUGCUGACACGAAACCUAAACCAGCUGUUUGUAGUGUCGUGGUGCCGCCAGUGGGACUAGAACAUGGAUUAAAUCCUGAUGAGCAUAUGGCAAACACCACAGAUUCUACAUGCCAGCCAUUAGUAAAAGGGCGAUCUGCUCCUGGAAAAUUAAACCAGCCUUCUGCAGUGGGCAGUCGACAGCAAAAAUUGACAUCAGCAUUCCAGCAGCAGCAUUUGAACUUCAGUCAGGUUCAGCACUUCGGAUCUGGGCAUCAAGAGUGGAAUGGAAACUUUGGGCAUCGAAGACAGCAAGCUUACAUCCCUACUAGUGUUACGAGUAAUCCAUUUACUCUUUCUCACGGAAGUCCCAAUCACACAGCAGUGCAUGCCCAUCUGGCUGGAAGUACUCAUCUUGGAGGCCAGCCUACUCUGCUUACAUACCCAUCAUCAGCUACCCUCAGUAGUGCUGCACCAGUGGCUCACCUCUUAGCCUCUCCAUGUACCUCAAGACCUCUGUUACAACCUCCAACCUAUAAUAUCUCCCAUCCCAGUGGCAUAGUUCAUCAAGUCCCAGUGGGUAUAAAUCCCCGUCUGUUACCAUCCCCAACCAUUCAUCAGACUCAGUACAAACCAAUCUUCCCACCACAUUCGUACAUUGCAGCAUCACCUGCAUAUACUGGAUUUCCAUUGAGUCCAACAAAACUCAGCCAGUAUCCAUUUAUGUGA